CACUGACGUUUUUCGCACCAUUUGCUCCAUACGGUUGGUGAAUAUUUUUUAUUAUUCACAUUGUUUUUUCUGCAAAACCCCUCCGAUUUUGCUUUCUAAAAAAUGGUGUCUUGGAGCAGCUUCUCUCGUCCAUUGACGGCGUUAUCACAAUAUCGCAACAUUUUACAGUCACCAGUUUGCCGAAAUGCCGUGCAGAUGCAAAUGCGGAAAGCCGGACAUGAUCACCAUCAGUUUACAAUUCAGCCUUCUCGAUUCCAGUGGAACAAGUUUAAAGAUUUGUUACACUUCUACGUUAUGAUUGGUCUUAUUCCUAUCACAGGAAUUGUUUUGUACACUAACAUUUUCAUUGGACCAGCUCAGUUGACCGAGAUUCCUGAAGGUUACGAACCCAAACAUUGGGAAUAUCACAAGCACCCAAUUUCCCGCUUCAUUUCUCGAUAUAUCUAUCCUUCACCACAGCAAGAAUACGAAAAAUCUUUGCACCAUAUUUUCGAGGAAAAUGAGAAAGCUUUGAUAAGACAACUUGAGAAAGAUGUCAAUGAAAAAAUGGCUGAGCGCAACGAUUACAAAGCCUAUUACUACAGACCAGCCAUCGCCAAAUAUCAUAGAAUUUCUAAAGAGGCUGCUGAUCAUUUGGAAUCAAUUAGAGGCAAUUAAGUUUUAUUUGUGAAAAACAAUGCUUAAAGUUGAGUAGAUGACUACAUAAGUAAUGUUUAGAACAUUGUUUUGAUCACAUUUGUAGUUAAAAUAAAAGCUUUAUGUUAUUCUAAA